CUCCACAGGAAGUGACGACCACAAUCUCACCUUGUCAGCGAAUGUUCUUUCAGCCUUGCAUUCGCAAAUAACCUACGGUACCUAAGCAGGCCCGGUUUGCGAAUCCUCGAUCAGUUGCGGAUGGAAACUUAAACUGUCCUGUCCUUCGUUCCACUACCAGCUCCUCCAUCACUUAGUAGAAACCCUCUCACCUUGCAACAUCAUUCCACAGGCCUCCUUGACCCCUCCACAAGGUUUAUCUUAUCAGUACUCCGUUGUUAUACUUCAGUUGUUUCGCUGAACACCACUUCCUACGAUCUUAUUUGCGUCCAACAGCAAACCAUAUACUGUACCCACUCCCAUUUGGGCGCAAUACAUAUUCCUUCCUCUGCACCAACACCCCAUCACUUGACCAUGGCGACUACUCGUGAGCGCCGCGUUGCGAAGGAAUUGCAGGAUAUAUGGAAUGACCGCGAGACCUCGGGCGUCAUGGCCGAACCUCUCGACUCGAGCAAUCUGUCGCACCUCAAGGGCUCCUUCAGCGGCCCCCCGGACUCGCCCUAUGCCGGGGGUACAUACGAGGUCGACAUUCAGAUUCCGGACAAGUACCCGUUUAAGCCGCCCUCGAUGUAUCUUAUUACCAAGAUCUGGCACCCCAACGUCAGCAGCGUCACUGGCGCCAUCUGUCUCGACAUUCUUGGAACAGCAUGGUCCCCGGUCGGUACGAUCAAGACAGCGCUGCUUGCCGUACGAAUGCUUCUUGAAUCGCCAAACCCGAAGGAUCCCCAGGACGCCCAGGUGGCCAAGAUGUUGAUGGAAAACCCCAAGCUGUUCGCCCGAACGGCACACGACUGGGCCGUCAAGUAUGCCGGCGCGCCCAGGGUGGACUCGAUUCCUCUCAAGUAUGACGAGACCGCAAAGGAAGGUUCAAGGAACGAUGCUAGCAGAUAUGCUGGAUAUAACAAGGACCUGGUGGAUCGUUUUGUCAACAUGGGAUUCGACGUAGAAAAGGUGGUCGAUGCUUUUAUCUUUGUGGGUAUUGACCGGAACGGAGGCGCCGAUUACGAACUCGAGGAAGCAUACAUGGGCGAUAUCACCGCGCGCCUCCUCGGCGAGCAGUAACAUUCAGAGAGUGAGGGCGGGCAAUGAGAGCAACAAACACGGCUAUGUAUGGUGAUGAGGAGGUGGUAUGAUUUUACCAAUCAGCAUUAUGGAAACCAGAAUGGUCUGGACUUUAAAAGCGGACAGGUAAAGCGAAGGAUGGGAACCGCAGUAGCUGAGGCCGACGUUCGACUGGAUUAAUCGGUGGUAGGUUGGCGCGGCUUCGUCUGUUAUUAGUCUAUACAUCAGCCGCAUUCGGAUAUGGAGUUUUACGGACGACAAGGGUGUCAAUGGAGCAAUGGAAUUUCUGGCUUCUUUCUACUACUGAUUCUUCACUUUACCGGUAUUCGGAGUUUCCGUCCUCCUUUACAUGGAAGCUAGCAAAGUGAUAGCGUAUCUAUACAAAGUGUAUGACGCAUUCAAGCUG